AUGGCGCUGCCGUGCUCCCUUACCAGGUAUCUGUUGCUCAUGGCGCAGGAGCACCUGGAAUUUCGCCUGCCGGAAAUAAAAUCUUUGCUUUCACUUUUUGGAGGUCAGUUCACUAGCAGUCAGGAAGCUUAUGGAAAGUCUCCAUUUUGGAUUCUAAGCAUUCCCUCUGAAGAUAUUGCCAGAAACUUAAUGAAACGGACAGUGUGUGCCAAGUCUAUAUUUGAACUUUGGGGCCAGGGAAAAUCUCCGGAGGAGCUGUACCGUUCCCUUAAAAACUACCCUGUGGAGAAGAUGGUCCCAUAUCUACAUUCAGACUCUACGUACAAAAUAAAGAUUCAUACAUUUAACAAAACGUUGACACAAGAAGAAAAAGUCAAACGAAUAGAUGCACUUGAGUUUUUGCCAUUUGAAGGAAAAGUGAAUUUAAAGAAGCCACAGCAUGUAUUCUCUAUUUUGGAGGAUUACGGUUUGGACCCGAACUGCAUCCCUGAACAUCCACAUAAUAUUUAUUUUGGUAGAUGGAUUGCAGAUGGACAGAGGGAGCUUAUCGAGUCAUAUAGUGUCAAAAAGAGACACUUUAUUGGAAAUACAAGUAUGGAUGCUGGUUUAUCAUUCAUCAUGGCCAAUCAUGGAAAAGUGAAAGAAAAUGAUAUUGUCUUUGAUCCAUUUGUUGGAACAGGUGGCUUGCUGAUAGCAUCUGCUCAUUUUGGUGCAUAUGUAUAUGGGACAGACAUAGACUACAACACAGUUCAUGGCUUGGGAAAGGCUAGUAGGAAAAACCAGAGAUGGAGAGGACCAGAUGAAAAUAUUAGGGCAAAUCUUCGUCAGUAUGGUUUAGAGAAGUAUUACCUUGAUGUCUUGGUUUCCGAUGCAUCUAAACCUUCCUGGAGGAAGGGCACGUAUUUUGAUGCAAUCAUUACUGAUCCUCCUUAUGGUGUCAGAGAAUCUACAAGAAGAACAGGCUCACAGAAGGAAAUACCAAAGGGAAUAGAAAAAUGUCCGGAAAGUCAUGUUCCUGUUUCCUUGAGCUAUCAUCUGAGUGAUAUGUUUUUUGAUCUAUUAAACUUUGCUGCUGAGACCCUCGUAUUAGGUGGAAGACUAGUCUAUUGGUUACCAGUGUACACACCAGAGUACACUGAAGAGAUGAUACCCUGGCACCCUUGCCUACAGCUCAUUAGUAACUGUGAGCAGAAGCUUUCCAGUCACACAUCAAGGCGCUUGAUAACAAUGGAAAAGAUGAAGAAAUUUGAGAACCGGGACCAGUAUUCACACCUGUUGAGUGACCAGAUUCUGCUGUACCAAGGUCAUAAUUCCUUCCGUGAGAAAUAUUUCAGUGGGGUAACAAAAAGAUUUGCCAAGGAGGAAAAGUCCAGCCAGGAAUGA